AUGGUUGGCACUUUAGUGACUGUUGUUGCCGAGCGCAUACAUAAAAAGGUGGUCUCAAUUGCUUCCAAAGAAAUCGCCCUUGCUUGGGGCUACAAAAAGAAGUUGGACACUCUUGAACAUACGUUGAAAAUUAUAUGUGCCAAGUUACGGGAUACUGAAAACGAAAAAGGUAAAAACCAUGGUGUGAUGGUAUGGCUGACACUCCUAAAACAUGUAUUUGGUGAAGCUGAUGAUCUGUUGGAUGAGGUUCAUUACGAAAUGCUGAGGCAUGAGGUGGUGACACGAGAUGUAACGAGAAUGAUAUCCUUUAAAUCUCUCCCUAGCUUGAAAACAUUUUCAAUUCGUAGAGGAUUGGGACACAGGAUCGAAAACAUUACCGACAAAUUUUUUGAGAUGAAUGAACAUGCCAACAAUUUAGGACUACAAAAUAGACACCCUCUUGUCCAGGAUGGUCUCUAUCAGGAGACUGAUUCAUAUCUAGAUGAAUUCAAAAUUGUUGGAAGGGAUAGUGAUGAACUACAUAUCAUACAACUUUUAACCGAAUCAAGAAAAGAAGAAAAAAUUAGGAUUCUUCCCAUUGUGGGAAUGGGCGGGAUAGGGAAGACCACACUCGCCGAGUCGGGCCUUCCGACCCGCCGAGUAGAUCCCGAUCCCGCGUCCCUGACUUAA